GAGAGAUAGAGCCAUCCUUCCAUUGUGAGAAGACAACAUUAUGAGUCUGAAAGGAUAUGUAGCUGUCAAGAAGCUGAUAAUGAGAAAAUAAUACAGACAACAUAAGAGAAAAAAUCUAAGCCAAAUGAAGAUGCAUCGGGUGUUCUCAAAACAACAGCCUGACCUUAACAAAUGUCUUUGGUAUUACUUGGAUCAUGAGACAUAAAAAAUGCCAGUAAUGUCUAAAACUGAACUUUGGGGGUGUGGAAACACUAAACACUGGUGAAUUAGAUUUUUCAUUGUUGAGGUUUCUAGACACCUAUAGCAUCAUUGUAGUACGUCUUCAGAGAGAUGAUUUUUUGAGAGCUGAUAUGGCUGAAAUUAGCUUUUUUUGCAUCUAUGACCUGAUCAUUGCGCAGAGCUAGUAAACAGUAAGACAAUAGUGGGCUGAUGUAAUACAUGUGGAAAUUUUGCAACAAGUUUGCAAAAUUUGUAAAUAGGUUUGUAAAUGAACGCAAUUAAAUGCAUGUAGUGUUGAGGGGCUCAUUCUAGGUGUGGAUUCUGACAUGCAAGUUGGGACAGUAUGGGAAAUGCAGAUAUAUACAUAAAACAGUGAUAUAUUAAACUCUGACCUGUAUUUAAACAGUACAAAGACAAGAAGUAUAAUGUGUUACCUGAUCAGCUUCAGUGUUUUUCAUGAAUAUAUGCUCAUUCUGAAAUCAGUGCUUGUGACACAUUCCAAGUUAGGGCAGGUGCAAUUUAAGACUAGGAACACAGUGAAAUGUUUGAAAAACAGCUAGACCAGGUACUGUAAUCAAGCUUGUGUAUAGAAGGAGCAUCCCUUAGUCUGUUAUGAAUAAGGAUUGGUUCAGACUUGCCAACAGUUUAAGACCUUGAGCUCAUCUGUAAGCUGUUGCAAUUUGUAAAUGUGUAUUGUUUAUGGAAAUAAUGGAAGUUGUGUUCUCCAGGUCAAAGAAGAAAAGCACCAUCCAGACUGUUACCAGCCUAAAGUUCAAAAUCCUGCAUCUAUCAUGGUAUGGGGUGCAUUAGUGGGUAACUUGCAAAUCUGUGAAAGCAUCAUUAAAGCUGAACACAUUUUGAGCAACAUACUCUGCCUUUUAGACAACCUCUUUUUUCAGGGAUGAUUAUGUUUAUUUCAGCAUCACAAUGCCAAGUGACAUUCUGCACAUGUUCCAGCAGCAUGGCUGUGUAAUCAGAGAGAGUGGGUGCUAGGCUGGCCUGGCAGCAGUCCAAAACUGUCUCAAACAUUUGCAAAACACAACAAUGAAGGACCUGUACAUUUCACAGCUGAAGACUUGUCUAACAGAAGAAUGGCAAAAAUUGCUUUCAAAACUGGAUUAGUUUGUGUCUUCAAUCCCAGAAUUAUUUUUAAGUGUUGUUAAAAGGAAAAAUGAUGUAACACAGGGGUAAACUUGCUCUUGUCUAAACUUUUUUUGGCAAGUGUUACAGGCAUCAAAUAAUAGGAAUAGAUGUCUAUAUACAAAAACAGUAAAUUCAUAAGGCAAAACAUAAAAUGCUUUGUUUUUGUACAGCUUUUUAGCAUUGGGUUUGUAAAUGAUUACAAUUAAAUGCAGUUUUACUUUUUUAGUGUGUCCUAAUUGUAAUGUGGGACUCAAUUAGGUGUGGACUCACAAAACAAUACAAAACAGAGACAACAUUAAAGUCAGAAAUGCUAAGAUUAUUGUCCUUGGCUAAGACACUUACACAAAACACCCCAACCCUUCAUAUGUUUUGGCCAUGGAGGAGAGCUCUUGCUAACGGUUUUCACAUAGCAAACACACAUGUUCUGUUCCUGGUGUUUCCUGGAAGACAGAAUAUAAACAGGACACUGAAAGUUAACAAAGUUCCCAUAGUUCCACACAUACCUGUGGUGUUCAGUGAACUUCCUUUUAAGCAUAGCAUACAUAGCUGAGUCUGUAACCAGAUGCUGUCAGCCUGUACAGAACCUGAAGUAGUCUCAGUUAGAGCAGAUCAUCAUUUAUUCACGCCACACAUUACAUGUUUCCUCACACAAUCAGAGAAGAGGUUCAUGAUUCACUGCGGGCAGGCAAUCUGAUCAAUGGCAGAAAAUAUAAAUAUAUAUACAGAUAUAUUUGGAAAAAAAAACAUUUAGAAUAGUGUUGUUAGUUCAUGAGCUAAUGAUCCCUCCCAAUUAGUUUUCCAUACCCUGUUGUACCUGUGGUACUUGGUGAGUUAAUUGUACCAUUUGCAAUGUGGACAAACAGCAACCACAACAUUUCUGGCAUGCUUGUGUGACUCUGAGAGCCACAAUGACUUUCCUUUCACAAGUCACCUCAACAAGCCAGAGCAGCUCACCUGGACAAGCAGAGGCAACUUACCGAGGAACUUCUCCGCUCUGGUGGAAGCAAAGGAUAAAAAAACAGAAAGGAAAAUCAUUUUGGUGACGAGGCCUUUCUAAGCAGUUCUCAUGAUGGCAGAACAUGGUGACCCUUGCACUGGGUCAGAGGUGUCCUACUGCAUGAACGGAGGAAAGUGCUUUAAAAUUCCCUCAGUGUCCACACCCACCUGUGUGUGUGGAGAAAACUACAAAGGCAGCAGAUGUGAGCAGUUCCAGCUGCUAAUCGUUUCAAACAAUAGUGAGGAGAAGGGCAUGAUCGCUGCUGUGAUCAUCAUCCUCAUCCUCAUUCUGGUGAUGCUGGCUGUUAUCAUCUACUACAUCUGCAAAAUGAAAAGGAAAGCAGGCCAAAAUGAGAGAAAGCAGCCUCAAAAUGGUCAAGAGUAUUGGAAAGUGAAGUCAAGGGGUGCCAGUGAUUUACCAAGACCAGCAUUAAACGUUAUUUGAAGAAAAAAAAAACAACACUAAGAAAAAUACUUGCUUACUUGCACGCUUAUGUGGAUGAUGUGAAUUUCUGAAAACCGCCCUCUGGUGGAGGCAUUGAACACUUCUCAAUGACUAACAGUUACUUUUUAAUUUUCUCUGCUUUCUGUCUUUCUUAAUAUUUCAAUUAAAGCAUGUCAAUAGGUAUAUUUCAACUAUCUUUAAAACAAAAGACAUUUGAAAUGCAUAAGUUAAAUAUUUGAUGGAAGACGCUCAUGACCAGGGUUAUAUUUUAUUUUUAAAAUCCUAUUGUAAUACAUUUCAAAUAAAGCUACUGUCUUUGGCAGUUGUGACCUACUGCCAACAUAUAUUCAAAGGAAAAGCAGUGAUGCAGAAGAGUAUCAGUGAUGCAGAAGAACAGUGACUGUUAUAUUUAAGAGGACUUACCCAACACUGCACUUACAGAGGAAUUCCACAUUGUUUUCCAAGUAGCUCAGUCGUUUGAGAUGUGAGGUAGUGCACUGUGGUGAAAAGUAUCUACUUCUUUACAUUGGUACUGAUAAGAAACAGGAGUGGCCAUGUCUACAACGCAGAUACAAUACUUUAUUUACUAUCCAAAACCAUCAGUGACCCUACAUAUGUUUUCUGGUUUAUGUAAAUAAUAGUGAUAAUGAUGGGAUAAAUCCCAAAGCAAGUUUAAUUUAGAGACUAUUUGGCCUUACAACGCCUUGCAUGUACUUCUCAAUGGUUUUAAAAAAAAGAAAUUUAGGCCAAAAGCUGGCCUCAAAAUUAUCAUUAAGAAACGUCUUGGGUGUCCAGUGUUGUAGCUUUUAGAGGCAUUAAAUGUUUUGGAUAUCUGGUUCCUAUCAGCCCAGUGGUUAAAAAUAAUAUUUUUUUCUAGAAAAGAGCAUUUCACAACAAGCUACUUUGAAUAAUUUUGUGUACAUGUACAACUUAACUGUGCAUAAAUUUGAAAAAAAUCUGUGGAAUUCCCCUUUAAUGCUGGGAUUCUAAGAUUAUGUGCACAAAUAUUCAAAAUUUUUAUACUAACUUUGUUAAUCAUCAAACAGUAAAAACAGCAUGUCUAUACUCUGCUUCAUGUGCACAUGCCAAUGGUUAUUUUCAGAUCCCCAAAACCUUCAACAUAUAAAACAGAUCUUAAGAUAUUAAACCACUUAUGAAACCCUGUGAAAACAAUGCUUUGAUGUUAUGAAUGUUUCUGUUGUUUUAUCAUACGAAGAAAAUAAAGUCUAACAGUAUUAAUCCA